AUGUUAAAAUUACGCAGCAUUGUCCUGCUGCACAGAAGAUGGAAGAGUGGGGCCAAAAAACGAUGGAAUGUCCUGCAGAACAAGAAGAACAACUGCGACAGGGCGCUGGAGAACUUUGAUGACUUUUACGGAUCCGUGUACGGCAGCCGGUGGAAAAACAUGCGGGCAGCACUACUUACCCGGCACAAGUACAUCGCACUGGUUAACAACUUUGGAGACACGGAGCAGACCAGCAGCAUGCUAGAAAUGGACGGGGCUAUCAAUAUGAAGUCACUUAUUAAUUUGGCCCAGGAUCGCCUGAAGGAGUCCAGUAACGAACCCAUGCCGGCUCAGGGGCAAUCUCGACAUGAGAUAGAGGGAAAACUGGAUACCUUGCUGCGAAAGCAACAGGAACGAGAGGUCUCCUCGAUUUAUCCCAGCCUCGGAGAGGAUGGUCUCUCUGGUACAUUGCCACAGCAAUUAAAGUUUGAUAACAUAGAGGAAAAGCAAACAGAUCAGCUUCAGGAAAGGCUACCGUUCGAACAGAGCUUAACCAAGGCUCUGGAGGAAGAUGUCCGGCUAGAUGAAAAUCGUUUAGUAGACCCCCAGUUUGGCACUGGCGGCUUAUACGAGUACAUGCCCGCUCUCAGCAUAAAGGGAAUGGAGGACUGCCGCCUCGAUAAGCAUAUUGAAUAA